AUCGCCAGAGAUCAGUAGUUGAUUGCCAGCGCCCGGGGACGCAGCUUUGCCAGCGACUCGAUAAUCAAAUCGGAGCGGAAAAUAGGAAAAUCGAACACUGAUAGCAAGCAGGCAGAUGGGAAAACCUCGCAAAAUGCUCCUGCUUAUACCGCUUUUCCUGGCCCUCUUGGGGGCUGAGGCCCAGCAAUUUGGCAAAGCCAUCAUGCAUUUUGGCAACUGCAACUCGGUGGAAUUCGGUAGGGGCACCUGCAUCGAGAAGAAGGACUGCGAUUUCUAUGCCGUCGAUAAGCUUAUGGAGUUGGCCAGCAAACAGCAGUGUUUCUCCCGCCAGCGACCCGAUUUGGUGUGUUGCCCCCGUGAGACGAAUAUUAUACCGCCACUGGGGCCCAGGAUCAGCAAUGAGACCACCAACAUCACAACAGCGGCGGUGAGCAACAACACCACUCCGCUGAAGCUGCUGGCCCGGACCACGCCACGCCCACCCAGCGGCAUUGACCAGUUGCCCCAGCAUCCGUACUGCGGCUCCGCCUUUUCGUUCCGCCUGGUGGGUGGUCAUAAUACCGGACUGUUCGAGUUCCCGUGGACCACGCUGCUGGAGUACGACACCGUGGGCGGUGGCAAGGACUACGCCUGUGGCGCAUCCUUUAUCGCCCAGCGAUGGCUCGUAACGGCCGCCCAUUGCAUCCACACGUUUGGCCGGAACCUCACGGCCGCCAUUUUGGGUGAAUGGAAUCGGGACACCGAUCCGGAUUGCGAGAACGAUCUGAAUGGCGUGCGUGAGUGUGCGCCGCCGCACAUCCGGGUGACCAUCGAUCGGAUACUGCCGCAUGCGCAGUACUCGACUGUGAACUAUCGUAACGAUAUAGCCCUGCUGCGAUUGUCACGUCCGGUGAACUGGCUGCAGAUGCAGUAUCUGGAGCCCGUCUGUUUGCCACCGCAGAGGGGCAGGUAUGCCGAUCAGUUGGCCGGCUCGGCUGCCGAUGUUUCUGGCUGGGGCAAAACGGAGUCCAGUGGCAGCAGCAAGAUCAAGCGAAAGGCGAUGCUGCACAUACAGCCGCAGGAUCAGUGCCAGGAGGCCUUCUACAAGGACUCCAAGAUUAUGCUCUCCGAUAGUCAGAUGUGUGCUGGCGGCGAGAUUGGCGUCGACUCCUGCGGCGGCGACUCCGGCGGUCCACUGACCGUGGAGGCCAACACGCCAAGUGGCAAUCGGUAUGUGUAUCUGGCUGGAGUCGUCUCCAUUGGAAGGGAAAAAUGUGGCACCGCCUUGUUUUCCGGUGUUUACACCCGGGUCAGCAGCUACAUGGACUGGAUAGAGAGCACCAUUCGGGCCAAUCGCGUUUGAGUGAGUUUCGGUUACCGUUUCCGUUUCCGUUUCCGGUUUGUGUUGGGCUGCCAUCACUCAAAGUCAAACUCAUUGUGCGAGAGAUUGUUAAUGAGAAUAAAAGCAUUUUUUUUUUCAAAUACA